AUGAGUCAAGUCUGUAGCUUCUACCAUCAGCGAUGUCCUGAGGGGAACCUAACUGGUGACAAAUGCAUCCAAGCCAUGGCUGGUCGGUGCCAACUGAAACUUGAGGAGUGCAAGCUAGAAAUGAAUAUGGAUUAUUUAAAUACCUCACCAGAAGAUGGAAGUCCAGUGACAUGUGGACAGAAGUUCUCAUUCACCAUUAACAACACAGGUGCUAUGGGCCGCAUUGUGGGUGGGAGCAUAACAUCCCCUGGGUCUUGGCCUUGGUUAGUGAACAUUCGACUAAAUGGCGAACUGAUGUGUGGAGGAGUCUUGCUGGAUGACAUGUGGAUCCUUACAGCUGCACACUGCUUCACUGGAAAUAUUAAUGAACUCCAAUGGACAGUAGUGGUUGGUCAGUAUGAUCUCAGCAAGAGGGCUCAAGGAGAGAAGACUUUUCAAGUUAACAGGAUUGUGAUGCAUCCAAAGUUUAACCAGAAAACCUUUGAUAAUGACCUUGCCCUGCUGGAAUUAAGCAGCUCAGUCACAGCUCCACAAAGUGCAAGACCUGUGUGCCUUCCACCAGUGCCUAAAGAUCCAGCCCCUGGCACUAAUUGCUAUAUUGCUGGCUGGGGCUCCCUCUAUGAAGACGGACCCCUAUCAGAUGUGAUUAUGGAAGCCCGUGUGCCAGUUCUUAGCCAAGAAGCUUGUAGAGGGACCCUUGGGAAAGACAUGCUAACCAGCACCAUGUUUUGUGCAGGUUACCUGACUGGUGGGAUAGACUCUUGUCAGGGAGACUCAGGAGGGCCACUGACAUGUCAGGAUCCUAUUUCCAAACAAUUUGUUCUGUAUGGAAUCACAUCAUGGGGAGAUGGCUGUGGGGAAAGAGGGAAGCCAGGAGUAUACACAAGAGUCACUGCCUUCACUGACUGGAUCAGCCACCAAAUGAAGAAAUCUCCUCCAAUCAGGGAGCCUACCUGCUUUGAACUGAGUGAGCUAGGCAUCCUACAUGAAAAAGGAAUCAGCUCCCUCUGCUCUUUGUAUAGACAGAUGUGCCCUGCACCCCUCAGCCAAGAAGCAUGCACACGUUUAACAGAAGAAAGGUGCAAACAGAAACAGAGACGAUGUGACCUUCGUUCCUAUCUACAAACCCUUCUCAGCUUAAUGCGCAGGGCAGAAGAUUUCUUGCAGCAUAACGUGGAUUUCUCAUUUUUCACCCAGACGAUUCCACAGUUCAUGGAGCAAGUGUACAGCAAUAUCUUUACCUCUAGAGUCCGCAGGGACAUUCAGAUCCCAGAAACAGAGAUAGCGGAUGAAGAAAUCAGACAAGAUACGAGAUCAGUGAAGUCUAAUGAAACAUCAGAACAAGCUGAAAAUUAUACAGACAGCAACAAGAUACUGCAAAAUAAAACAUUUGAAUUGCUAUUUCAAAACUGGGGUCCAGGUGUGGAAGAUUGGAUGAUAAAGUUGCGUAAGAUGACGGUGGAUGAGAAUGCAAGAUCAUCACAACAAUUCCAGACAUAUAAAACAAAUAUAGUAAUGGAAAAAAAGCUUUUUCUUCAGAGAAACGAUAAUACAGUGAAAACACUGGAAGCAGUUGGGUGGAAUAUGAUUUACAUGCUGAAAUCAGAACUCAGAAUGGAAGGAGCUGUAAAUAUCUACUUGGAAAUGCCAACUUUAGAACCAAAGUCUAUUACUUACCAUUCCCAGAAAAGGAAGAGGGAAGUAACACGAGUGACUGAAGAGGAAAAAGAAAAUGUGGGAGGCUGUGAGCUUCUAGUGGAAGCAGGUCAAAAAGUUCAGUCCAUUAAAGAGAAAUACAGAUGGAUCCUACAAGUGCCAGAGAGAGACCUCUUCAUGAACUUCCAAGAGAUCCUGGUGGACAUGAACUCUAAGAAUGCUAAAGGCCUCUUCCGAGCCCGUGUCAGGGUUCAAGUAGCUGGAAAGCCAACGUCCUUUAUCAGUUUAGUGGGGCUGGAGACCAGUUCCCUCUAUCGUAGCAUGCCGGGAAUCAUUGCCCUGUCAAUGGAUGUCCUAAAAACCUAAAGUUUGUUUGAGAUCACUUAUGGAAAAAGGUGAGGAGAUCAUGAAGAUCAAAUGUACACCUGGGUGUGGAGCCAAAGAAAUCCAAGGGAUCAAUUCUACACUGGAAGAAGUCAAAAAGAAGAGAGGCUUGGCCAGUCUAAUUAACUGACCUUUGCUAUGAUGAAAGAAAGAUAUCAUUUGCACAGUUCAUUGUACUAAAAUCCAGUAGGCAAAUGCUUACACAAAAUACAAACACAACUCAUGUACUUUGUUAGAUGCCAAACCCUUCAAAGCAAUUUUGUGAGUGACAAUGGAAAAAGAAAAAUCUGACUGUGCUAAAUGCAGUGCAUUCUCAUAUGAGAGACAUAUUCUAAUUCUUAUUAGCAAAUGAAUUAUGGUCUAGACCAUCAAAAUGAAAAACACUGAUGGAUUAGUUGUUCUGUGUUGUAUGGAAUGUUUAUUAUAAUGAAGGUACCAAAAAGGAGAUGCUCCCACACCAGCAGUAGAUUUACUAUGACUCAAGUGCAAGCUGCCAUAGAUUCUUUGAUUCUAUAAACAGUAACUGUGCAAACGGGAAGCAUUAUCUGAUUUUCCCCAUCAUCAAUCAGACUGAUGUCAGGAAUCUUUUAUUUUGUUUCUGAUAAUUCGAUUAUUAGUCAAUAUUAUUCAUUCAAUACAUUUCUGCCAUAACUUUAAUAGCAUCCUGUUAUAUGGUUUCCAGAACAGAUAUUGUUAAGCACCUAUAUUUGUGAACACAAUAUAUAAUUCUAUGUACAAUAUAUAUAUGAAAAUAUUUAUUCAUAAAAUUCCAUAGGAGUAUUACAUUUGCAGGACUAGAGUUA